AAAAAACUGUUGUAGGGUUAUAAAUUACAGACAAUUCCAUGACAUUGUAAUUUUGGGUGCCCCGGCAGGCAAACCCCUGGGAAAAAACGGAACAUACAAUGCGGACGAAGUUGUUAUUACGCGCGGCUCUGCUGCGGGGAAUUCCCCAUCAUCUCCAGCCCUAGACGAUUCUUUGGCUAUAGACGAGUCUCAUUCUCGACGACCGGAGUUCUAAUAAGAAGAGUUUCGAUUGAGGUCAUCGCUCGACAUGGAAAGCGUCCUUUCUGCGUCUGAUAAGCAGAACAUGGUCUCUUCGUUCCUGGAGAUCGCCGUCGGGCAGUCCACAGAGACUGCCAUACAGUUCCUACAGGCCACAAGUUGGAGGCUUGAGGAAGCUAUCCAACUGUUCUAUGUGGGUAAUGAAGGUGCGGCAGUGGCAUCAUCCUCACACUCUUCACCGAUGGAAAAUAUUAGUUCCCGUCCUGAUGAGAGUUCUGGGGGGUUGAAAAAGGAUGCUGGAAAUGAAUUUCUUGGGGAGGAUGUUGAAGAUGAAAUACGUCCGCCUUUACCGGUGAUAAGGGAGGCUCUUUACGAUGACACAAUGUUGUAUGGAGCAUCGAGGAUGGGAUAUCCUCCCCAUGAACCCAACGCAUUAGUUGCAUUCCGUAAUUUUGAGGAGGAACUGAAACGUCCUGGGAUUUGGGAAUCGGAUCAAGGUGCUGCAUCUACAAUGGAUAAUUCUCGAGAUAAUCUUGCUUCUUUAUACCGCCCUCCUUUUGCUCUGAUGCAUCAUGGGCCCUUUGAAAAGGCAAAAGUUGCUGCUUCUGUCCAGGACAAAUGGCUCCUGGUUAACUUGCAGUCUACAAAAGAAUUCAGCUCACACAUGCUUAACAGAGAUACAUGGGCAAAUGAAGCUGUUGCCCAAACCAUCAGUUCGAAUUUCAUCUUCUGGCAGGUAUAUGAUGAUACAAGUGAAGGCAGGAAGGUCUGUACCUAUUACAAACUGGACUCUAUCCCUGUAAUUCUUGUCAUUGAUCCAAUUACAGGACAAAAAAUGCGCUCAUGGUGUGGAAUGAUUCAACCAGAUAGUUUGUUGGAGGAUCUGUUACCAUUCAUGGAUGGUGGUCCUAAGGAUCAUCAUGUCUCUCUAUCUCACAAGCGUCCUAGAGAAAGCUACCAUACUUCUGCACACAAAACUAAAGAGGCAUCAGUGGUUGCAGAUGAAACUAAUGAAGAGGAUGCCGAAGUACAACUGGCAUUGGCAGCAUCCAUGGAAAACAUGAAAAACCCUAGUGGAAUCAACUCUAAAGAUAAAAAUGCUAUCAGUGCUACAAAGGAGGAAACACACUUAUCAAGGAAGCCUUCAUAUCCACCACUUCCUGAAGAGCCCAAGGGUGAUAGGAACCUCAUUUGUAGGGUCGGGAUUCGUCUUCCUGAUGGUCGGAGGCUUCAGCGAAAUUUCUUCCGCACUGAUCCAAUACAAUUGCUGUGGUCGUUCUGCCAUUCUCAACUCAAGGAAGGUGGGUUGCGGCCAUUUCACUUGACGCAUGCAAUACCAGGGGCUUCGAAGUGUCUGGAAUAUGAGAGCAACCUAACGUUUGAGGAGGCGGGAGUAGCUAACUCUAUGAUCUCAGUUACUUGGGAAUGAAGAUCAUCGCAUGUUGGGUCUUGCAUUAAAGAUUUUUUGUUUCCACACUUCUUUUUCUUCUUAGACUUGUUCCAAGUACCCCUCUUUUUCUUUCUCCCUCUCCCUCUCCCUCCUUGCUUUGGGAUUUUUAUCGUUCCCAAAAACCAGUCUGCUGAAAGGUUGGGCAUGUGAGCUGCUGGCAGCAAAAUAUGUUUUACAUCUGUUUAUUCUGUAUAUUAAUUCUACCCUGAUACACAAUCUGUACUUAUGCCCAGUUAUAUAUAUUGUGAACUCCUAUACUUAUUAUUA